CGGGAGUAUAUAUACUGUUCCCCACUCAGGCGUUGCUUGUAAGCGAUUGUCCGCUGCCUGUGAUCUCUGAUCGGAGAACCCAUGUCGAAGGCUACCGUAUCGAUGAAGAUCGGAAGUGAUGGGGUCGCCAUCAUCACCAUGUCGAAUCCUCCAGUCAACGCGCUUGCCCCCGCCGUUAUUGCCGGAUUGAAGGAGAAGUAUGCAGAAGCGAUGAGUCGGAGGGAUGUCAAGGCGAUCGUGUUAACUGGCGAAUCUGGCAAGUUCUCUGGUGGGUUUGAUAUAAGCGUCUUUAUUGAAGUUCAGAAAACAGGGGAUCUUUCCGUUUUGCCUGAUGUAUCUGUUGAUCUGGUUAUGAAAACCAUUGAAGAUGCUGAAAAACCUUCAGUUGCAGCUAUUCAUGGACUUGCUCUAGGAGGUGGUUUGGAGUUGGCUAUGGGAUGUCAUGCUCGAAUAUCCACUCCAGAUGCUUUAUUAGGACUUCCAGAGUUGUCUCUUGGAGUUAUUCCAGGCUUUGGAGGAACACAGCGUCUUCCAAGGCUGGUUGGGCUGCAAAAGGCCAUAGAAAUGAUGCUGCUAUCUAAGCCAAUAAAAGCUAAAGAAGGAUAUGGGAAUGGCCUUGUUGAUACGAUUGCCCCUUCUGAGGAAUUGCUGACAGUAGCAAGGCGUUGGGCAUUAGAAAUUGCUGAAGGACGGAAAGCUUGGCGUAAAACACUUGAUCGAACUGACAGACUUAGUGCUCUUUAUGAGACCAGACAGAAACUGUAUGCUUUUAGGAAAGAUGCUGAAAGAACUCCAAAUAUGCCACAGAACCAAUUAUGCCUUGAUGCGAUUGAGGAAGGCGUAGUUCAUGGGGGAUAUGCUGGAGUUCUCAAAGAAUCAAGAAUUUUCAAAGAAUUGGUGUUAUCUAGUACUUCAAAAAGCCUCGUCCAUGUAUUUUUUGCACUACGUGCAACUUCAAAGGUACCUAAUCUUACUGGCGUUGGACUCAGGCCAAGACCCAUUAGGAAAGUUGCUAUUAUUGGUGGGGGUUUAAUGGGAUCUGGUAUAGCUACAGCUCUUAUUUUAAGUGAUAUACAUGUUGUUCUCAAGGAAAGAGACCCAGCUUUUCGUGGACUAAAAACUGUAGAAGCAAACCUGAAAGGACUAGUUAAGAAAGGACCACUAACGCAGGAGAAAAUGAGAAAGGCCCUGUCACUUCUCAAAGGUGUUCUGGAUUAUUCAGAAUUCGAGUACGUUGAUAUGGUCAUCGAGGCUGUCAUUGAGAACGCUCCGCUAAAACAGACCAUUUUUAACGAAGUUGAGAAGUUAUGUCCUCCACACUGCAUUCUGGCAACAACAACAUCCACUAUUGAUUUAAAUAUUGUUGGCAAGAAUACAAACUCCCAAGAUCGCAUUAUUGGAGCACAUUUCUUCAGUCCUGCUCAUGUGAUGCCUCUGCUUGAAAUUGUUUGGUCAGAAAAGACAUCUCCACAAGUAAUACUUGAUCUCAUGAACAUAGGAAAGAUGAUGAAGAAAGUGCCUAUUGUGGUACAAAAUUGCACUGUGGAGAAGAGGUUCAGGCUGCUAGGCUCUGAUCGGGGGAGUAAGUGGCAGCAGGAGCUCGUGAGGUUGGAGAUUUCAGCCAUGUGUGCGUCGCAGCAGGGAAGGGAAGUAGGAAGUUGUGGUUUUAGUGUGGAUUUUGUAGGGCAGAGCAAGACUUUGGGUGUCUUCGUCGAUCAGGAAAGGAGCUUGGCGUGA